GAUGACACUGGAAUGACGAAUCGGGCGUGUGCAUGCAUAUAUAUGAAGGCUGGAUCUUGCAAUGAACCACUUACCACAUCAGAUACAGUAGAGUUUCAUGUGCUGAGUACAGAAAGGACAUAAAAGCAUCAUAAUGAGUUCAUCUGAAGAAUAUAUGAAUGGCCAUGUUCACCUGGAAGAAUCAGACAUGUAUGAGUCAGAUGGGAAGCUGUUCCUUUCUGAGGCUUUCAAUGUGAUUAUGGAGGAGAUACUUCACAAAGGAACUGACCGGAAAGAAAAGGUGUGUGAGUGGACAGAACCAGAUCAGCUGAGAGCUCUUAUGGACCUUGAUCUUAGAGAAAAUGGAGAAUCUCACGAGCAGUUAAUACAGAGGGUCAGAGAUGUGGCCAGAUACAGCGUUAAAACCUGUCAUCCUCGGUUCUUCAAUCAGCUGUUUGCUGGCAUGGACUACCAUGCUUUGACGGGACGGCUCCUCACUGAAACCCUCAACACCAGCCAAUACACCUAUGAAGUGGCUCCGGUGUUUGUCCUGAUGGAGGAGGAAGUGCUUCGUAAGCUUCGCUCUCUGGUUGGUUGGUCAGAAGGAGACGGGAUAUUUUGUCCGGGGGGUUCAGUUUCCAACAUGUACGCCAUGAACGUUGCACGGUACUGGGCCUUCCCUCAAGUGAAGACACAAGGCUUGUGGGCCACACCACGCAUGGCUAUAUUUACAUCACAACGGAGUCAUUACUCAAUGAAAAAAGCAGCUGCUUUUCUUGGUAUCGGAACGGACAAUGUUUUCAUGGUAAAAGUGGAUGAGAGCGGCAGCAUGAUACCAGAGGACUUGGAGGCAAAAAUUGUACAGGCAAAAUCACAAGAUGCUGUCCCGUUUUUCGUUAAUGCCACUGCGGGAACCACAGUGCAGGGCGCCUUUGAUCCUCUGAACUGCAUAGCUGACAUAAGUGAAAGAAACGGCAUGUGGAUGCACAUUGAUGCUGCUUGGGGAGGAAGCGUGUUGUUUUCCAAAAAACACAAACAUCUGGUUGCAGGAAUAGAAAGAGCAAACUCUGUGACUUGGAACCCUCACAAAAUGCUUCUAGCAGGAUUGCAGUGCUCUGUUGUUUUGUUCAGAGACACCACGAAUCUGUUAAUGCGCUGUCACAGUGCCAACGCAACCUACUUAUUCCAGCAAGACAAGUUCUACGAUACAAGUCUAGACAUGGGAGACAAAUCCAUCCAAUGUGGCCGCAAGGUGGAUUGUUUGAAACUCUGGCUAAUGUGGAAAGCAAUAGGAACAUGUGGUUUUUCAGAGCGAGUGAAUAAGGCCUUAGCCCUCGCAAGGUAUUUAGUUGAAGAAAUGGAGAAAAGGGACAAUUUCAAGUUGGUCUCUAAGGGGCAUUUUGUGAACGUUUGCUUCUGGUUCAUUCCACCCAGUCUUAGAGGGAAGGAGAACAAUCCGGAUUACCAGGAAAGGUUAUCAAAGGUGGCGCCAGCCAUCAAAGAGAGAAUGGUGAAACGUGGAACAAUGAUGGUGGGAUACCAACCCAUGGAUGGACACGUCAACUUCUUCCGUAUGGUUGUUGUUUCUCCACGCCUGACCACCAAGGACAUGGAUUUCUUCCUCGACGAGAUAGAGAAACUAGGAAAGGACCUGUAGUUUGAAUAUCAGUUGUCCGAAAUCAGCCUACCAAUCCCAUCCCGUCACUUACAAAUGUGAUUUUCAUAAGGUUGCUAAAAUGUUGACUUAUAAACAACACACAGUACUGAUUUCAUUGACUAAGCCAGAAAAAAAAGUGAAAGAAAAUGAUAAAAAGCAUCUACAAAAGUCAUAAAGUGAACGAAUUUCAUAGAUUCUGGCCCAUGUGAGUAUUCAUUCGGAAAACCCAAUUAGGUCUCAGGGCCUUUAAUAAUAAGGGUGACAAGAUGUGCACCGCAGGGGCCUCCAGGACCAGGAUUGAGACGCACUGUAAAACUGUAUGUCUGUAAACCUGAUGUCAGCAGUGCAAAAUGUGCCAAAUAAUUCACACGCGUAAAAGCGUUUCUGAUUGGCUAAAGCGUGGGCUGUUCUCCUUAUACUCUCUCUCUCUCUCUCUCUCUCUCUCUUUCUCUCUCUCUUUCUGUUCUUUUGUCAGAGCCUAAAGGCUGUCACAGAAACUUUUUUAAGACACUUGAAUAUCGGUUGAGAUUUUAUGUGUGCUAUUCAGAAAAAAAAUAGCUUUUAAAAGUAUGCAACAGAUUUGUAUUUUAGAGAAUUAAAUUUUUGGUGUCCAUAAUUUAAGGAUGUUUUAUAAAGUAGCUGAUAAUAUCCCUGGUGAAAAAAACAGCAUAUGCUGGUAGGUAUGUUUUGAUGCUGGUUUAAGAUGGUCCUUUGCUGGUUUAUGCUGGUCCUUAGCUGGUUUAUGCUGGUCCAGCAUGCUAAGGACCAGCAUAAACCUGCCAAGGACCAGCAUAAAUCAGCAAAGGACCAGCUUAAACCAGCUAAGGACCAGCAUAAACCAGCAAAGGACCAGCAUAAACCAGCUAACCAGCAAAGGACCAGCAUGAACCUGCUAAGGACCAGCAUGAACCAGCUAAGGACCAGCAUAAACCAGCAAAGGACCAGCAUAAACCAGCUAACCAGCAAAGGACCAGCACGAACCUGCUAAGGACCAGCAUAAACCUGCUAAGGACCAGCAUAAACCAGCAAAGGACCAGCUUAAACCAGCAUCAAAACAUACCUACCAGCAUAUGCUGGUUUUUUCACCAGGGAUGACUAGUGUUAAAUUGUGACUGUCCUUUUGUUUAACACAUUGUCUUCACAAUGUUAUUUUGCUUUAGUCUCCUUUAUAAUGGAGUCUUACCCAAACUGUAGGUCAAUAUACGAUUUUCCCAGAAGCUGAAAGCUUCUUUUGUUGUAGUUUGUUUUGAAAUUUCUAUAUUAAAACGCCAAUAUUUGUCACUAAAAACAUAAA